GCGGCUUGUUUUUGUGUCACACCCGCUCCCCCGCCGCUGAGCGCGGCCCCCCCGGCCCGGCCCGGCCCGGCCCCGGCGGCUCAGCGCGGCCCAGAGCCCGGCCCCGGCGGCGGCGGACGAGGCGGCGGCGGCGGAGGGAGCGGGCGAGGGACCCACCAUCUUCCGCCCCCCGCGCCGAAGAGAGAAAGUGCGGGCGGGCGCGGGCCUCGGCGGCGGCCCCGCACCAGCCCCGCGGGACCCGUCCUCCGCUCGGCCCGGCCCGACCCGGCCCCGUCGGCGGCAGCAGCAGGGUCAAAAGGGGACAACUUAUUUUGCUGCCCAUUGAAUGCAAUACUGUGGUGGAGAUAUAAGGAAAGGCUGAACACAGUAAGCAUUGUUGUGAAAGGAGAAGAAAUCUUGUUUUUGGAAACCAGACGAAAGGCACUGGAAUUAGCAAAGAGACAGCUAGAGAAAGUGGAGAAGGUAGAGAAUGGAGUUGCAGACUCUACAGGAGGCUCUAAAAGUGGAAAUUCAGGUUCACCAGAAACUGGUUGCCCAAAUGAAGCAAGAUCCACAGAUAUUUUUUCUUUCUAAUCAGAACGCUGAUUUGAAGAAACAGCUUCAUGAACUCCAAGCCAAAAUCACAGCUUUGAGUGAGAAACAGAAGAGAGUGGUGGAACAGCUGCGGAAGAAUCUGAUAGUAAAGCAGGAGCAGCCAGACAGUAAGUUUCAAAUACAGCCAUUGGCACCAUCAGAAAACAAACUACAAACACCACAACAGCAACCACUACAGCAAUUACAGCAGCACCACCAUCAGCAGCAGCAGCAAUCUACUGCACCCUCUCCAAACGUGAUUGGAUCACAGAAGACUGUGACAACAGCUUCUAUGAUCACCACUAAGACACUACCUCUCGUCUUGAAAGCAGCAACUGCGACCAUGCCUGCCUCUGUUGUGGGUCAAAGACCUACCAUUGCCAUGGUUACCGCUAUCAACAACAAUCAGAAAGCUGUCCUCAGCACUGAUGCACAGAAUACACCAGUCAACCUCCAGACAACAAAUAAGGUCACUGGUCCAGGAGCCGAGGCAGUCCAAAUAGUGGCAAAAAACACAGUUACUUUGCAGGUUCAGGCUACACCUCAGCCCAUAAAAGUGCCGCAGUUCAUUCCUCCUCCCAGACUCACUCCUCGUCCAAAUUUUCUUCCGCAGGUUCGACCUAAGCCAGUUGCCCAGAAUAACAUUCCUAUUGCCCCAGCACCACCUCCAAUGCUUGCAGCUCCUCAGCUUAUUCAGAGGCCUGUGAUGCUGACAACAAAGUUCACACCCACCUCCUUACCCAACUCACAGAACUCAAUACACCCAGUUCGCGUUGUUAAUGGGCAGACAGCAACCAUAGCCAAAACUUUCCCCAUGGCACAGCUCACCAGCAUUGUAAUAGCAGCGCCAGGUACCAGGCUCGCUGGACCUCAGACUGUACAGAUCAGCAAACCAAACCUUGAAAAACAGACUAUUAAACCCCAUGUGGAAGCAGAGGAGAAACAAACAGAAAGUCGUACAGUUACUCCACCUGCUGCACCCAAGCCAAAACGAGAAGAAAAUCCACAGAAACUUGCCUUCAUGGUGUCUCUAGGACUGGUUACACAUGACCAUCUGGAAGAAAUCCAAAGUAAGAGACAAGAGAGAAAAAGAAGAACAACUGCAAAUCCAGUAUACAGCGGAGCCGUUUUCGAGCCUGAGCGCAAGAAGAGUGCAGUCACGUAUUUGAACAGCACAAUGCAUCCUGGGACACGUAAAAGAGGUCGUCCACCUAAAUACAACACGGUGCUGGGGUUUGGGGCUCUAACCCCUACAUCCCCCCUAUCCAGUCAUCCUGACUCCCCUGAAAAUGAAAAGACAGAGACCACAUUUACUUUCCCCGCAACUGUUCAGCCUGUGUCCCUGCCUAGCCCCAGCUCCACAGACGCAGCCCUGUCCCAGAAGCCAAGAACAGCCAGAGUGCAGCAAAGUAGAGGGAGCACACCACAGCAGACAAGCCCAUGUUGUGGCGAUAUCCAUGAGGAUUUUUGCAGUGUUUGCAGGAAAAGUGGGCAGUUGCUGAUGUGUGACACAUGUUCACGUGUGUAUCACCUGGACUGUCUGGACCCACCUCUGAAAACCAUUCCCAAGGGCAUGUGGAUCUGUCCCAAAUGUCAAGACCAGAUGCUAAAGAAAGAAGAAGCAAUCCCAUGGCCAGGGACUUUAGCAAUUGUUCAUUCAUAUAUUGCAUACAAAGCAGCAAAAGAAGAGGAGAAACAGAAGCUACUUAAGUGGAGCUCAGAUUUAAAACAGGAAAGAGAACAACUAGAGCAGAAGGUUAAACAGCUCAGCAAUUCUAUAACAAAAUGCAUGGAAAUGAAGAAUACCAUCCUUGCAAAACAGAAGGAGAUGCACAGCUCCUUGGAGAAGGUAAAACAGCUGAUCCGCCUCAUCCAGGGUAUCGACCUUUCAAAACCCAUAAACUCUGAGGUCAAUUCAGUAGCCGUCUCCAAUGGCAUGGACUCCACUAACAAUGCUAUUGCUGCCACCUCCACCCCAGCCCCUUCCCCUUCCCAGAGCUGCAUGGUGAACUGUAACAAGGGCGAUGAGACUAAAUAACACAGUAAAGUAAGAAGGAGCCAAGGGAGGUGGCGGCGAGGAGGAGGAGCAAAAUAACGAAACUCUAGAGAAGCAAAACUGGAUUUCUUCUGGAAAGUGCAGAAUUCUUUAGUUCUUUGUUCCAGAGAGAGCGUGAAGAUGCUUGUGCCAGGCGGCACCGGAGUUUGCCAAUUGAUCCUUCUUAUUCUGUGUGUACAUGCAAAGUUUGGAUCAUGUUACAUGAAUAGUGCCAGCUGGGGGUUCUUUGCCAGCACCAUGCCAAGUGAAAUAAUAUAUUUACUCUCUAUAUUUUACACCAGUGUGUGCCUGCAGCAGCCUCCACAGCCACUAUAGGUUUGUUUUAUUUUUGUUUGGGGUGAGGAGCAGGGAUGAGGGAGGAGAGCAGGUUUCAAAUCCUUAUUUGCAGAACCGUUUGUUUAGCUAGGGAACAAACAAGUCCAAAGAGCCUGUGGGCUUUUCCUGUUUCUAAACUCUCAAUACUAUUAAACCAAAAACCAGAAAUAUAAAUUAAUAAAUCCCAGUGCCCAGAGGGGACGAGUCUAUCAAAUAAACAGUAUUUACUAUUGUUUAGACAGGAGAUGUACUAAAGGAAUGGGGAUGGAUUUUUCACUGAGUAACCAGCAUGUGUGCCGGCUGGGGAUUUACUGUUCUGGCAGCUUCAGGUUGAUCCUGUUUCUUCACAUUAGACAAAUGAAAUGCAUUGCAGAAUUGGUUUGGUUUGGGUCCUUGAGGUGAACCAGAAAGCCUUUGCUGGGUGUGGAAAUGAGAAGGCCAACCAGUCAACUUACAGCAUCGGAAAGGGGGUGUCCCAAGGGAAGAUGUGUGUCUGAGAUGUUACUUGAAAAUGAGGUUCCAACACUUUUCUAUAUUUAUAAAAACAAAAGUAUCCUGAACAAAGUAGCACACGACCCAGAUGUGUGAACUGAACAGAGAAAUGUCCUUUUCUUUCAUUUCCUUUCUCUUUCUUUUGGUAACAAGAACUAAAUAAGGAAUAGAAAAGCUGUUUUUCAGGCUGACAGUCUAAUUAAAGAGGUAGAUGGGGCCUUGCAUGGUAUAGAUUAGAAGUAAUAGUGUCAGUGAGAUACAGUGAGUCGUCGUGAGUCCUUGUGUCAUCGUUUUGGGCACUGUUUUUUUAUGCAAGGGCAAAAUCUUUGUAUCUGGGGGAAAAAAAACAACUUUUUUAAAUUAAAAAGGAAAAUAAAAGAUAUUGAGGUCUUCCUAGUGUUACUUAAAAUAAGAUCAAGGUAAGAAACAUUGUAAAAAUUACAAAAGUGCUAUUUGUUUCCUAAACAAGUGAUUUCUAUUAAAAAGGUGUCAGAACUGGAGAAAAUGCUGUGUACUUAGAAUUUUUUAACACAGACUUUGCUUAUUCUGAUGACAUUCUGCUUUAUGUUUGUGUUUUAAAAUCCAGCGGGACAGGUUUCCAUAGACAAUCUCAUCCAUGCCACUGGCUGGACUCUAAGCAGAAUCAAAUUCUAAAAUGCUGGACCUUGCCUCCAUCUGGAGGAGCUGUGAGGCUUGUCUCUGCCAGUAUGGCAUCUCCCCAUUCUUUUAUGUGUUAGUAGCCCAGAGAAAAGCAUUGGCAGCACGAUUGUUAAAGCCUUUAUGUUUUUGUAAUGCAUAAAUAUGGACUGAUUAGAGCCUGGGGAUGAAAGACAGUGGAUUUGUUAGUCCUGAAAUCUCCUUUUGUUAUAUCCUCUUAUUUCACCAGUCUUUGUCUUUCAUAUUAUGGUGCGACUGUGGAUAGUGGAACUUGCCUUGUGAGCGCUGUUGUCACAGGGAUUGUAUCAGUUGAGAGUGCUGAUCCUGGCCAUUCAGCAAGUGUGUCCUGUAGCUACCCAGUUUCACAAAUGCAUAUAGAUGUGUUGGGACAAACCCUGUUUCUCUGAAGUCAUUGGCAAUACCCAGGGGAGCAGGGUUGGGUCUGUAACAUGUGAGCCCAGGCAGAACUCCUUGUGUGGUGGUGAGUGGUGUGAAUGCUUAGUGGUUGGGCAGGGCUGCUCUGCUGCUGGUGGUAAUGAAAUAAUGAAGAGCUUUUCAUUGAUGCAGUCUGCCUGCUUUGUUCAGAGCAAAACAGUGAAUUCCCCAAACCUACAUAGCCUGAGAGUCUCUUUGCUGCCACAUCUCACAUAUAUGCCUUUGUGGGAUUCUUGGAGUGGUUUCCUUCACUCCUCUGUCUUUCAAGGGCCCUUCCCUCUUUCUCAGUGAAGUGAACAUGCACUUUUUUCAGCUCUGAACCCAGGGGUUGAUCCUCAGUUCUUACUUACACUUGUCUGUAGGUCUGGGAGAGGGUUCGUUGUGUGCUCUUUUUGGCUGGCCCUGUGAUAAAAUGGACUUUAUCUUCAGUUGCCUGAAUUCUGUUUUGAAGGCAGGUAAGAUGCAGGUAGGUAUUGGUUAGCAGGAGUAGCUAGAGCAAGAAGGCAGGUAUCAAAUGCAUUUAAAACUGACUGUAGGAAAUAUGCUUUUUGCAUGUAACAACACAGUUAACCCAUGGAAUUAAUUUCUACAGGACAUCCUUGGAACCAGGAGCUUAGUGAAAUUUAAAAAGGAUUAAGUAUUUAGAGAGAUAAUGAGAGAAAAUGUGCUAGAAAUAAAAGCAGUCUUGCUUUUGGAUUUAGUCCAGCAACCAACUGCCCAGGGUCAGGAAGAAACUUCCCCGUGGACAAGUUAUUCUGUUAUUAGCCAUAGUGGUGUUUCUAGCUCCUGCUUCUGAAGUCUCUGGUACUGUUCACUAUCAGAGACAGGAUUCCAGAGUAAACAGAUGCUGGCCUUAGCUGUCUUUGCAAUUCUCACAUUCCCCCCAUUCAGUGUUAUCUUCUUAGUGCAGUUUGGACUAUUACACAUACUUUGUGACCCCAGAUAGUGAAAAAGCUGAGAACUAUUUUGAUUUCUUCUAUGCCCAUUACAGGAAAGGGCUGAUGGUGGAAUUUGAUGUUGACUUUGCUCGCUUCUAAAUAUAGCACAUCACCCAGGAUGUGUCAGUGUACCCACUUCCCCUUUCCCAAGGCAUCUGUUCAUCUCUAGAGUCUAAAUAUAUCCUUUCAACCUGGUUUGGCCUAAAUUCCACUUUUUGUUAACGUUUUUUGUUGUGAAAAUUCCCCCUGGCUACAAAAACCUGCUUUUAAAUUCUACUCUGACCUUUAAGAAAUGAUCGUAACUUGAAGUUUUUGAUGCUGGUGAGGGGAUCUUUUCCCUCUCUGAUCCUUUGUUGUAUACAGACUCUCCUACAGACUGCAGCAACAUCAGUUAAUAGAGAUGUACCAUUCUGAGAGCUGUGCUGACAUUGGCAGUGAUGCUUCCUACACAGUCAUAAGUAAACAAGAGACAUGUCUGCCCAAUCAGGAACAAUGGGAAGAAAGGGAAUUGUUAAAUAGGAAAGAAAAUGUAUUUUCAAACUGCUCAAAAGGGUCUUCUAACAAUGGAGAAGUUAAAACUGUUCGAGAGUUAGCUUUUAAGCUCAAGCUGGCACUAAUAUCUACUGCUUUUUCUUGUGCUCAGUACAGACUCAUGUGUUGAAAUCUCCCUAGUGCUGAAUUCCAUUUAACCAAGGCUGAGUGGCAAGUUACAGUUCUCAGCACUUAGCACUUUGUACUUCUAAAGCACUGUGCAGGUCUUAACUAGUUCUGGUAGUACUGCAGGGAGUGGGCAUUGACUUAUCCCCAUUUUAAUUUACAAGGAAGUGAAGCCACAGAGCGAGCUGGUAUCACACAGGUUCCUGACUCCCAGCCCAACAUUCAGGGCUCUAGAUAUUGCUGCCUUUCUCCAUGGUUCAGAAACAGAAUAACUCAAUUGCAGAAGUAGGCUUUCCCUCACUUUGCAGUCUCUCCCAAUAGCUUGACGAUGCAGUUGUCAAUGAAAGUGAAAUUAUAAGACCUGGCUAGAAUAAUUAGUCUUGUGUUUAGAUGUUUAGACUAGAAAUGUGUGCAGGGUUAUACAAAACACAGGCAGUUCACCAGGCCGUAUGUAAAGGGACUAUUGCUGGGCAGGAUAGGCAGCUUAUAUGUUCUUUUGAAUACAUUGCAACUAGCUGGCAAUUAUCAGUGGCAGAAUAACACAGUAGUUUGCAUGUGAGAAAUCCUGGUGAAAAGGAUCCUUUUGUUACCUAAGAAAGACCAGAAGCUCAUUUGUCCAUAAUUGUAAACACAUUUCUAAUGGCAAGAAUAAGAAUUUGAACCUGCCACCCUAGAAAUGAAAGGCUGGUGAUUUUACAGGCAGUUCUAUCAGUUGUGUUAUUGAUGGUGAUUAAUGUAUCAAUUGAAAGUGACAGGGUGUCAGAAAGCAAAUUCAUUGCCAAGCUGGCUAGAGUUGUGAAUGCUAAACAUGACUUCUCAACUUCAGAACAUCCUCUUCCAUGGCCUGUUGCAAAUUCAGCCCUGGAGGUGUGGCAAGCAGCCGAAAAAGCCUAGGGUGAAUUUCCAUGUCAUGCCAGGAAGCAACAGAAACUUGAGGAAUAUGUGAAAUAAACAUGGACAUUUUCUUGGAACCCUGAGGCAGAGAGACUUCAUCAGUGAAUUUGCAGUGCAAGUGUUCUCUCCCAGCCAAGCUGCGUCCUGCCUCUUUUGCUUUCUCAGCGCUAACUUAAUACAUUUUUGAAAAGCAAAUGCACUUGAAAAAAAAUGGAGCAUUCCAAUGUCAAAGCAGAAAUUAACUGUUUUUUCUCGGCGUUGUGCCUGGUCCAGACUUAGCUAGCCUCCUCAACUUCCAGCCUGGGAAAACUCUAUGACCCACUUUUGGGCCACAGCUUUCCUGAAUGGAGGUUGGGAUGUUUUGUUGCACCUGCCAGUAAGCAUUUUGUUUGCCAAGUCCAUCCACAGCUUCAGUCAGGGCAAGGCAAGGGCUCUGGCUGACAUCUGAGUGAACCAUAAAACUGGGUCUCCUUCAGCACCUUUCAGGAACUAGAUGAGGAUAGGUUUGGUAAGACUCAACUUAUGGCACCUCACGUGGUUUACUAACAAAUCAGGCAUGCCUGCACUAUCAAGAGAGCAGGAGGAGCCAUAAGAGCUGUGGAUCCAGGGUGUUCCUGCACCAGAAACAUUUUCAAACAACCACUUGCCACCUCUUCUCUCCUCUUAGCCCACACAGCCAUGCACAGAGCACACCAAACAACCCCCUCAGCAGCCCAGCCUGAGCGGGUUCCUGUUCUGUCCUGUUGUUUGUCUGUAGAAGAUUUUCCAGCAAUUAUGCUGCUCUUCCUAGUCAUGUAUGCCAUAAAACUCCGUCCAUCCUAUCUUCACCUCCGCUGGUCCUGAUGAGCAGAACAUCAUUUCUAUUCCGUUAACCAGCUUUGUAGAUCCAUGACAAAUUCAAUCUGGCUGGGUUGCCACAGAGGACGUAUUGCUAAGUUUACUCCCAGCUUCUGAUGCAGAGAAGAGAACCCACAGAGGCACCUUUUUCAGGCCAGAAAGAAAGGAAGGACAAGUUUCCCCGUUUACCUGCUAGGCUUGGCAUUAUCAAGGAAUCUCAGGCUCGGCCAGGCCAGGCCAGGCCAGCAAAGGGCAUUCACAGGCUUUACUGGCACUCAUGGAUGCACUCCUCAGUUUCCUUAGUCACAUGGCACAAGGUCUCUUAAGGACUGCAGCAACAGGGAGGUUGGACCCAAUCUCUGCAGCAACACACUGCCCUGAAUCCAGGCUGUUAAUAAGCUGCACCUGACCCAGGGAAGCUGAGAGAAUCAUGUAGCAUUAGGAAGAAGCAGGGGCUUUAGACUUGAUCCCCAAGCUACCAUCCUCCUGCCUGCCCUCCCUAGAGGCUUGUUCCUCCUGAAAUACAUCUAUGAAAGGCCAGGAUACUUUAGAAAUCCUAUGCAGUUCUCCCUUCCUUUGCACGCUCCAUCAGCGGGGAUGAAGUGAUUGUUUGUGGGAGAGGAAGCAGGCCCCAAACCCUUCCUAUCUCUGUCCCCACCACUCAUAGCCCAAGUCAUUUCUCUCUGACAAGGGCCUGUAUUGUUCAUUCUCAUCAUAAAGUUAGGGAGGAGGGCUAACUAUUCUUGUGCCUUGUACAAAUGGCUGGAAGAAUUAGUGCAGUGGUGGGUAUGGUAUUUAUUGGUGAAUAAAAAUGACAGGCCCCUGUCCCAGAUAGUUAAGUUUAGGGUGAAUACAUGUCCCCAGAAGCCAGGAACAGGUCUGUUUUAAAGUAAUUUUAGUGUCUGUUAUCAGUCACGUGAGUAAACUUGUCUGCAAGCUGCCUGAGAGCACCUGCACUGCAAAGAUCAUCUCAUCUGUGAAUGAGUCCUGAAGCUGGCCUCCUCCAGAGUUGAUCAGGACAGAGUCCACACAGCUCCCAAACUGAACAGAAGUCUGUUAGUAAACUUCUGGGAGCAACCUGUUGUUCAGUCUGCCAAGGAGUUAUGGUGCUUCAUUUAGCCAAAACUAGCUUUUAUUAAUAUUUGGGUGUUUUGCAUCUCUACACAAACAGCACCAUGCUCAGCAGAACUUAUGGAACCAGUAGUGCUAAAGGAAACAAGCUCUCUACCUGUCUGUUUGCACGUCUGCUUGAGGCUGCUGCAGUCUGGAUGCCUCACCUGGCAGUUCUGUGCCAAAACCUGUUUUUGAACAACUGUGUUCAGCUAUAUAGUUCCCCCCAUUUCCUUAUGGUGUGGCUAUUUUAGGGAUGUUUGCACUGGGGUAAUGUCAUUGCUCAAGUUAGAUUGAGGCAUAGUUGCUUUAUCUAAGCAAGCCUUUUGAAAGGGCCCUUCAGAAGGCUAGUUUGGAGAACAGCUUCAAGGGUGGAGCCAUUGCUAGAGUCUUCUGAUGGCUGCCAUCUGGAUGGAGCGGCAGCCAGUCAGCACCAGGUAUGGGGGGAGCUGCCCUUUUUCCAAUUCAGUGUGCAGGGGUGGGUGAGAACAGCCUCUUCCCUGUUGGCUAGUUGUGCAGUGUCCAGUUGCAUCAGAUGUUUCAGAAGUGAAAAAGCCACUUGCCUGGGUCCGCUUUGUUAAAAGUAGUAAGGGUCUGAUUUCCAUUGCCAAGUGGACAAGAGGCAGGGAAGGCUGCUCGCUGGGCCCAAAUACUAAGUGCUGUCAGCCUGUUGCUGGUUGGUAGCAUGGUUAUCAUUUAGAGAUAUGCUUUGUGUUUUUUGUUUUUUUUAUCAUUAUUUUUUACAGUGCAGUCAGUGUAAACUCAGCCACUUCCAGACCCUUUGUCCAGCAGCUUUCUGAAGGCUCCCUUUAGCAAUUUUGCUAGAAAAGAAAUGAAGAAUAAAUUGCUGCUCUGAGCCUGAAGAGACUUUAGAUCUUCAUUUUAGAUGAGGCUGGGACUGAGGAAUUCCUGAGUUGUGAUCCCAGCUCUGAUACUGGUCCCUUUGUGAUCCUGGGUAAAUCUCCUUAUCAAAAUUGUCAAGAGUUACCUUCAAUUUGGAGCACCCAACUUUACAGCAAGGCCCUGGGGUUUUUUUGUUUGUUUGUUUCCUGAAGCACUGAGUACCUACAGUGCCAGUUACAGCCAUGGAAGCUGCAAGGACCCACCCUCUACAAGUCAACAAUCCAGGUGUUUCAGACUAAGGGACCCAAAGAGCAAUGAUUCUUUGGAAAAGGCCACUGCCACCAACACCCCUCCUGCCAGCUUCAGCUCCCCUAAAUCUCUUAAAAAGGGCUGACAGUUGUCACAUUGUGAGCUGUGUUUUUUUUCAUACCUUGGGCACCUAGCACUGUGCGCGCUAAGAAAGUAAGCACAUUGGCAGUCAGAGCUGAACAGAGCAGAAGGCCGCAUGUUACCACUUGCUAGUCUGUAAUUUCUAAACAUAGUUUCACAUGGUUCCUCAUUUUAAUUAUUGUUGGCAUAAAAAUAGCACCUGACUCUAAGGCUGAGAGUAGUGUCUCACAUCAGCUCUUCCCUUUCAAAAUACGCUUUGCCUCUUAGUCAUUCCCACUUUCUUAUGCGACAGGCAGCCAGGGCCCCUUAGGGAGAUUUUACUACCAAGCAGCUCCUCAGAUAAGAGCCAGCUUCCCAGUCUGAACACGCUAGUUCCGCCCAGCUGGAGAUUCCUCCUCCGCUCCACACAGUGGCUUCAUUGACCAAAAAAAAGUGUGCAUGUUUAUUCAAGAUAACUCCUGGGUCUUAGCCACCUACUGUAAUGUCCUGGUGGAGGCAAAGCAGUGUAACUGCUCAGUGAGGUCGACUAGGCAAGAUCCUGCCUGGGUGUACGUGCGUGCCCUGCCUCACUGCCUACUUACAGUCAGAAAACAAAUGUACAGUCCUUACCUUGCUGUAGCAAAACCUGUCUUGUGUGUCAGUGAAGACAAAGCCUGGGGGCCGAGAGGAAGGAAUAACUGGCAAGAGCUGUACUUGCAUGGUAGCAGGGGAUGGAAUACUGUAGGAGAGAGCUAGGCAAUGCCAGGCAGCAGAUUAUGAGUUUUGAAGUAGUACCAUGUCUUGUGGGGGAUUACUAGCUGUCAUCUUUAAGCUCUUCCCUUUACCAAUGUCUUUUGCCACUUAUAUAACAGGACCUUAGUAAGGUCGAGGGAGAAACUCAAAGCAGUCUUUGAUCUCUGUUUCACAUGCCAAUAAAAUGUAAGAUUAGUGCCAAUUCUGUCUUGCUAGACUUGCAGAUGUGGACACCAGUCCAGCAGGUGCUGUGCUGGGACCCACACAAGAGUUACCACACAACUGCAGAAUGAAAAUUGAGUCCUGGGUCAUAGUUGAGCUAACAAGCUAUGGCUAAAGACUGUACCCUGCCCUGAUCCUCUGGCUCCUCCAAAUUCUUUUAAAUGUGUUUAAUACCGAUUCCCACCUCCUGUGGCUUUGGUCCCCUGCCUUCAUUGGCUCUACCUGUGAACUGCCUGGGAUCCAGUUCCUGGUAACUGGAGAACAGGGAAAGGCUUUGUGAACUGGGUUCUAGAUAAGACACAAGAAAGUGGCAUUCUUGAUGGAUCAUCAGCUUCUGUUAAAAAAAAACAAAACCAAAACCCUAAAAAAACAGCAACAAAGCAGUGGCUCCAUCAAUCCAUAAGCCUGUGGCAGGACUGAGGUGUUCUCAUGACUAGCUGCUUCAGGGGAAAUGUGCGUGAGUGUGAAGUAGCAGCAGCAGCAGCUUGUCUCCCCAGUACAGGCAGUGGGUCUGGUACUUGGGGGCACCUGUAGGUAAGGUGGCAGGUUUUGUCUUUAGUUUAAUAGUUUUCCACAGCCAUUUGUGCUGUACUCAUUCAUGCACAGGAACAAAGAACUGAACAUGGCAAUAGCAUCUACUGUCUCCCCAUCUCUUUUCCCUUUGACAUUCGUGCCAGACCAACCUAGUGUCUCUUGUGCUGCCUCCAUUUCCUGAGAAUCUCAUAUCAUUGCAGGCCUUGGUGUAAAAUACCCUUUAUGAAUGGUACCACUUUGUUUUCACAGACUCGCGUGAUGCGGAUACUGACUCGUGAGCUGGUUUGGAUUUUUUAAAUAUCUCUAUUUUUUUUAGCCUGAUGCUCAUAGUGACCUGCAGUCUCUUUGCUGCCUUCUCUCUGUAGCCUUCAAGUCCCUUGUGGUUUCAGUUUUGGUACAACUGUGUUUAGAUUUUAGCAAAUUAAAGUUGGGGAGGGAGGGGAUACAGAGCAUCUGAUCAAUUUGUAUUUAUUUAUUUUAACAUUUUACUAAAUAAAACACGAUGAAAUCUC